AGAUCCUGUAAAUGAAAUGAUUGAGUUCGUCUGAAUAAUAAGAAGGAUAAAAAUUAAACGUGGAAAUGAAUUUGAAUUAGGAACUAAGAAGUGUCGCUACUUAACCAAGAACCUUUGAAACAUGCAGCCAUGUCUUCUUACACGUCCAGUAAAGGAAAUUCGUCAUUCUGUCCGUGCCCCACGAGGUCGAGGGUUGAAGAUGCCACUCUGGAUGAUAUUGCAGCAGUGGUAGCAGGUCUUAAUGAUAAAGUAUUACUACUUCGCAAGGAUAUACUAGGUCUCAAGUAUUUGGACACGACGAUCCACUCGGGCUCUGCAAGUCCAAUUGGUUAUGAUGCCAGAGAAAUACGGCCUAGUCUUGAAAAGAGGACACUAACUCAGACGUCACAUAAAAGGGGUAAACGCAUUCAGGAAGCUGGAGAUUCUAUACACAGUGACGAAUCUUCUUUGAAGUCUUUUAAUGGAGAGUACACAAAGUCAAAAGCUAGGAACUUGACAAAACCGAAAAGAAGUUCUGUAUUUAAGUUCGGAAAAUCGCAAGGAAGUAAAUAUGAAAAAGAUAAGAGACGGGAGAAGUUGUCUGAGUAUUCUGGGAAUUACGAAAUUUUUGAGCAGCCGACGUUUUUUCCUGCAUCGAAAAUUGAGGUUAUAGAGUCGCCAAAGGUGCAAUUUUCGGGAAAGCAUAAAAAAGUAAAAAAGAAGCCGUCGAGAAUCAAGGAAUUCAUACGUAAAGGAAGAGUGUCACAGUCGAAAUUUCAAAUGGAUGAAGUGACGAGGAAUAGAGGCAAUGGUGCUACAUUGAUUUUGAAUGAUUUUCAAGAAAGAGAAAAAUUAACAGGAGGACAAUCGUUGCGCAGUCCGGAUGUUCUUCACAAAUGUCAGAGUAUACAGAAAUCCCUGAAUCUCGCGAACAGUGUUUACUGUGAUUGCGAAAUGGCACCGCCAGUCUUUCGUAAAAUUGUAAGAAAAAGAAUUUCGAGAGGAGUACAGUACGAGGAUCCCAAAAUAUCAAAACCCAACGAACGUGCCUGUCUGAAUUGUUUCAAGCCUUGUAAGUGCUCUAAGAAACAUAGAAAGAAAAUGGCAAAUUCGUCAAAAUCUAAAAAACCGGGAACGCCCGUGGAUAAAGAUAGCGUCGAAGUUGUUUUCCGACCUGAAGAUCAGAUAGUAAAUUUGUCCAAGCGAGAAAAUUCUAAAAAAAUUAAUCCAUCUUCUGAUCAAAAUGACGUAAGAAAUGGCAGACAGAAAUUGAAUAGUACUGAAAUUUAUGGGUUUGACACACAUCAUCUAAAUAUACCUCUUCAUGAAUCCCUAAAAGGUAUUAAACACACGGAAGGAAUUUACUACUCAAGUAAAGAAAUUCCGAAACAGUCUAAAAAAAUGUCAGACAGAGAGACAAGAGGUAAAUACAAAGAGAAAAAUGCUGAGAGACAAUUCACAAGAUAUUCUAAAGAUUCUCAUGCAUUAAAUGAAAUGCAACUAGAGAAAUUGAAACAUGUCAGAAAAAACGAUCAGAAGUUAAAAAACAAUGACCAAUUUAUCAGUAACGGUGAUACCGCUAAAACGAUAGACGUUUUGAAUAAUGGGGAUUACACACCUAAUAUAAUUUCACUUAAUGAGCCAAUGAAUAAAAGAGCGCAAAGAAUGUCAGGAGGAGGCGAAGAGGAGUAUGAAUUGGCGAAAUGUUUCAAAACUCAAAAAAGAAGUGUUUUCGGCAUUGAUAAUACCAAAAAUCAAUCAAACAAUCUUAGUGACUGGUCCAUGACUAAAACUAUUUUUAAAAAAAUCACAGGAGGGCUAUUUUCAAAUCAAAUUUCUCUAUCUAAGGAUCAAAUAGAAGAAACAAGAACUUCAAGAAAUAAUACAAUUGAUGAAACCCUUCACGGAUUACGUUGCAACCGACAAAUAAAUGUUAAUAACAUUAAAAAACGGCUUGAUUCUUGUCUUGUUGAUUUAAAUAAUAUAAUGCUUGACGUAUCAUUUAUAUGUAAAGAAAAUCGGACUGCAAGAAGGUUUGCUGAUGAACCUAAAUAAAUUGCUGACAAUUAGAAAAUAUUAUUAAAAGGAAGCAUAUAACAUUUCGUAACAUAAUAUGUAUUCGCCUAUCAUCAGGAAAUAGGUAUACGUACUCACAUUCAUUCUGUAAUUAAAAAUCUAAGACGAAUAAUAAAGUGCAUCUUUUUCAA